AUGUGUCAACGCGCAAUUGCGCAGCUAUAGGAACCCCCGAGCGCCCCGCUAGAACAAACCUCCCGCUGUGACCCCGUUCCCAUCGAUCGAACUUCCACAGCUCCUCAUGAUAUCCAGGUGAGCAUUCUCUCCGUGAGACCCCCGCGCGCGCAUCUUGGCCGCUGCUGGAGGAACCGCGUCGUUCAGUGAACACAUUGGGAGCCCGGGGAGGCGGUUUACAAUGCAUUGGACUCACAUCUGCCAACUCAUCACGACAGUUUGCAUCAGGACAGUGGAUGCACUCGUCAGAAGUCUGGAUAUUUGAGCGGAGGCACUAUGGACGCAGCGGACGCAGUCGCUUCCGUGUUGGUUCUGGGGAUUAUUUUCGUGUCGCUGCUGUCCAACGCUGUGGUGCUGAUCUGCUUUCUGCACAACCCGGAGAUCCGCAAACAGGUGCCCGGUCUCUUCAUUCUCAACUUGACGUUUUGCAACCUGUUGCUGAGCGUGUCCAACAUGCCCGUAACUCUCGUCGGGCUAAUCACCACGGGCCACCCCGGAGGCAGCGGCUUCUGCCAACUUGUUGGUUUCCUCGACACUUUCCUCACCACAAACUCAAUGCUGAGCAUGGCAGCCCUCAGCAUCGACCGAUGGUUAGCGGUUGUCUUCCCAAUGAGCUACAACUCGAGAAUGCGGCACCGGGAUGCGGUGAUGGCGCUGGGAUACACCUGGAUUCACUCACUUUGCUUCUCCAUAGUUGCCACCUGCCGCUCCUGGGUCGGGUACCACCACCUUUACGCGUCGUGCACUCUCUGCACCGCCAGGGCGAAGGGAGCCGGCACCCAGUUCAUCAUUUUCACCGUGGCUCUGCACUCGUUCACUUUCCUCCUGACGCUGAUCGUGUUGUGUGUUACUUACCUAAAAGUGUUGAAAGUCGCAAGGUUUCACUGUAAACGCAUCGACGUGAUCACCAUGCAGACGUUGGUGCUGCUGGUGGACAUUCAUCCCAGGGUGCGGCAGAAAUGCUUGAAUGAGCAGAGGCGGAGGAGGCAGAGGGCCACCAAGAAGAUCAGUACCUUCAUCGGCACAUUUGUACUGUGCUUCAGCCCGUACGUCAUUACAAGAAUUGUAGAGCUCUUCUGCAAAGGGCCCAUAAGCCCUUACUGGGGAGUGCUGUCCAAAUGUUUGGCCUACAGCAAGGCAGCAAGUGACCCGUUUGUCUACUCCCUGCUGCGCCACCAGUACAGGAAGACCUUCAGCUUUCUGGCCAACAAAGUCCUCAAGAGGAGUCCCCUCAACUCCUCCUCCCUCGUGAUGGAGAACAACGCAGGGCAGAGCAACAAUAACAUCAACACAACCAACAGCAUCCAGGCACCUACCAACAAGCUGCAGUGAAGGUCAUCUCUUUCAGAGAGUACUUUACCAAGCUAAAGUUGGCUUGGAUUUGAGUACUGUAUGACCAUACAUUGACCUCUCUUUGAUGGUUUCAUGUCAAAUUGAACAAGCGUUUUCAUAAUAACUUGAUGAAGGACUAUAUUAGUUUUUUUUUUCCCUGUCAAAGAAUCCUGUGAAAAGACCCAAACCAACGAUUGCAAUCGGCCCCAAUCUUAUUUGCUCCUUCAGAGGACACAAGUCUUAAACACAGGUCACUAAUGAAUAAUGACCAUAGCUCCAAUAGCUCUAUGACACGGAAUAAUUUAUACGGUUUAUAAGUUAUACGGCUUUGGCGAUACAGGAAAUAGCUGUCAGUUGAGAUAAUAUGUUGAAAAACAUAGAAUAUCACUUACCUUAUCCGUAAUAAAACAUUAUAUGACCACUUUUGUCGGUUGCGUGUGUAAGUUGUCAGGGCAUUAAAUAUUUUAGUAGAAGGGGUAAAAUGUAUUUUUCUGCAGAGAAUGGGGAUUUCUAAUGAGUUACAGUAGUCAGUAGCGCACUCGUUAAUUUGUGACAAUUCGCCUGUGUAACAUGGAAAGCAACAUUACUGUGACUCAUUUUAUCAAUUGAGUAAUUUACAACAGAAGAAGAAGAGACUAGAUCAACCUCAAAAAUUCACACCACAUGAGCAUGCGCUCACUUAGAUCGUUCAGCAGGUCUUAUUCAUGGACUAACCAGACAUUACUCAAAUUGGCGCAGUUGUAAAAAACACUUUAACUGAAUGGCUGAAUGUCACGAUUGAAAUUCAAGCACAACCUCUCACAUCAUUAGUGAUCCACUGUUUGAAGUAUUGAUUGUGAUCAAGGAAUGAUUCAAAACAGAUGAUAAUUUUAGCAGUAGAGUCAUGUUGUAGAGACCCAAGUGGUGAAGAAAUACUGUGUGUUGUAUCUGUGAGGCCUGAGUUCUAAAGUUCCUUUUGGACUAUAUGAUCACUCUCAUUCAAUCAAAACACAAAAGAGGAGACCUUUCCUUGACCCUGUCAUUUUCUUGGUAAUCUGUGGUGUGGUCAGGUGUGCAGAUAUAGUUUGAGUUUGGUCAAAAAUGUGGGAAUCAAUUAGGUAAUAUUUUUGUGUGUGAUACCACCUCAUUGAAUAGUUUAAUCUGGGAAAACAGGGUGAAAUAUUGUUUGAAUGCUGUAGCCACUACACUUGUGAUGUGUAAUCAAAAUUCGAGCUCAUGACAUAUGAGCAGCUGUGCGACGCCUGGAAUAUAAAAAUGAUUCAUUUUGACAGCCCUGGCAAAUCAGGUUGUUGUACUUGUAUUUUGCUGGGACAGUAUAAAAGCCUUUAAUGGCAUAAAAAUGUAUUUAUUUUUGUCAAAACUGUGUCAGAUUUUGUGUUAAAUGUUUAUGAUUAUAUUGAAAUAAAUGCUGUGCAUUUUGACAAU